AUGUCUGCUCAGAACAUCACCGUUCAAACAAACGCCCUCCGCGUUAGUAUUCAUAUUGAUGAAGAAGGCGUAGCGUGGCUUCAUGAGGUUCAUCCUGCAGGUUCCGCCUCGCAGCCCUCAAAGUCUAAACACUUUUCUAGUUCAUGCGCCCCUCUUGUUGAGGUGCGAUUGUCUGCCGAAGGAACAGCAAGGCACAAGAGCUCUAAAACCCUCAUUGGAACCUAUAUCGGAACGCGUUUAAGAUAUCAGUCGCACAAGAUUAACGACGAAGAGAACACUCAAUCACUUGAGGUUACUCUGGCCGAUUCUGUAUCUAGUAUCAUCGUUGUUUGCCACCUUACCCUGUACAAGUCAACGCCGGUCCUCCGCGCAUCCGCUACCAUUCAGAACAACGGAGCCCAAGAUAUCGUUGUUACUCAGCUUACUUCCCUGGUUAUUGGAGGAUUAACGACCAGUUCUGAGCAGUGGUGGUCUGAUUAUGUACUAUCUGUUCCGUAUAACUCAUGGUUUCGUGAGGCACAAUGGAUUGAGCAUGACUUGCCUAGUGUUGGAGUCGAUGACUAUGGUGUUCAUUCCGUGCCAGAUGAUAACCACUGGGGCUCUAUUUCGCACUACGCCGUAUCCAAUCGCGGCACAUUCUCGACUGAAGGGCAUCUCCCAAUGGGAAUGCUGAAGCGGCGCGAUGACGCAGAUACAUGGUUGUGGCAAAUUGAGAAUAAUGGUUCUUGGCGAUGGGAAAUUGGCGACUGGAAAGACAGCGUGUAUCUCGCUGCUGGAGGACCAGUCAAUUAUGACCAUGAUUGGCGCGAGCGACUGGCGCCAGGACAGAAAUUUAGUACCGUACCUGUUGCUGUUUGCCAUGUGCUUGAUAACUACGAGAAGGCCUUUGCAGGGUUGACAACAUACCGUCGCCUGAUGCGACGCAAACAUACCGAUAAUGAGCGACUCCCUCUUAUUUUCAAUGACUAUAUGAACUGUCUCAUGGGUGAUCCAACAGAAGAGAAAAUUCUUGCUUUGAUUGAUCCUGUUGUCAAAGCAGGUGCCGAAUAUUUUGUUAUUGACGCCGGAUGGUACGCUGAUGAUUCCGGUUGGUGGGACGAUGUUGGACUAUGGGAGCCGUCCAUCAAACGAUUCCCUAAAGGGUUCAAGCAGCUGCUAGCCCAAAUUACCUCGAAGGGGCUGAUACCAGGCUUAUGGCUUGAGCCUGAGGUAAUUGGAGUACGUAGUGUGGUUUCUCGCCAGCUACCAGAUGAUGCUUUUUUCCAGCGCGAUGGGCACCGUAUCGUGGAGAAAGGAAGAUACCAACUUGAUUUCACGCAUCCCGCCGUUAGAGAACGCAUGCACGGCAUUGUAAAGCAUCUAGUAACCGAAUUCGGUGUGGGAUACUUCAAGUUCGAUUAUAACAUCGAAGUCACUCAAGGUACAGAUGCCAACUGCUCAAGUUCCGGAUCAGGCCAGUUGAAUCAUAAUCGAGCCUAUCUUCAAUGGGUUGGCGAGCUGCAUGACCGAUUCCCGAAAUUGGUCAUUGAAAGUUGUUCCAGUGGCGCUCAGCGCAUGGAUUAUGCCAUGUUGGGCGUUCAUUCUCUACAGUCUACCAGCGAUCAGCAAAAUCCAGAGUAUUAUUCCGCUAUUGCAGCCGCGCUUCCAACGGCAGUUACACCAGAGCAAGGAGCAACAUGGGCUUAUCCUCAGCCGGAGUGGGAUGACGAGACCAAUGCUAUGACUGUUGUCAACAGUUUGCUAGGACGCAUCCAUCUCAGCGGCCGGCUCGAUAAUCUCCAGUCUCAGCAAUUCGACCUGAUCAAGGAAGGAAUGGACGUGUAUCGGUCGAUUAGAGCGGAUCUGCCCACCGCAGAUGCAUUCUGGCCUUUGGGACUUCCUCGCUGGCACGAUAAUUGGGUUUCUUUGGGAAUGGCUGCUGCUUCUGGAACUAUCUAUUAUGUGUCCGUUUGGAGACGAGGAGGGCUAGAAUCAGUAGAUUUGCGAAUUGCUGCACUUCAAAACCGCGCCGUGAGUAGCAAACUGCUCUACCCGGCAUCGUUCAAGGCAGAAGCCGUAUGGAUGGCGGCGGAGGGUAUUUUAAAAGUUACAAUACCGUCGAAGCUCGGAGCUCGUUUGUUCCAGUUGACCGUCGAGUAA